CCGAGCCUGCUCUUUUUUCCAUAUUCUUUUCCUGGCUGCAGGGUAUGGCUUUCAAGGAUCCCAGAGGGUCCCCGCAGCAUCCCCCUGCUGUUCCCACCGUCUCAAGGCCCUGACGGCUGCCCUGGCAAUGUCCCUCAUGCUCUGCCGUGAGUUUGCGGGGUGGCAGAGGGCUCCGGGCACCCCUUCCCACCCCACUCCCGAUUUCCCUGACCGGGCUGGGCACCCCCUUCUCGCAGUCUCCUGGUGGGUGGCACAGCAGUGCCAGCUCAAGGGGACCGCAGGUUACGGGAACGCCUCGCUGGGAAUUGCCCAUUCGGACUGGGAUGCCAUCUUCAGGGAGAUGCGGAGGAUCCUGUGCCCACCCCGAGAGAGCGAGGGAUGCCGGCUGUGCGCCGUGGGCUGGGUGCUGAUCGGGGCCAAGUGCUACUGGAUUUCUGAUGGGAUGAACCCCUGGAACAAGAGCCGGGAGGACUGCAGGGACCGGGGCUCUGCGCUGCUGGUGCCCUGGGAUCAGGAUGAGCUGGAAUUCCUGAAUGAAAGCCUGCAGAAACCCACACGGCACUUCUGGAUCGGCCUCUCAGUGCCUGUGGCUGGGAUGGGCUGGACCUGGGAGAACGGCUCCGACCUCGACCAGGACCGGUUCCAACUGGACUUUGGGAAUCACCCUGGAACCUGUGGAACGCUCAAGGGGAAUGCGAUCAGCCCUCAGACCUGCGACACGAGGCUGCAGUGGAUCUGCCACAAAGAAUCUGUCCAGAUCUGAGCCUCCAUUGCACCCCAAAACCAGCGUUAAUGCAGGAAAAAUCCCAAUUCGCAGCUCCGCCGGGGAUGGGCAGAGCCACAGCCCAUGAAAAUCUCCCCGAGAUGGGCAAUGUAGGAGAGAAAUCAACAUAAAAAAACGAAUAAAACCUAAAAAUCA